AAAAAAAAAAGAUUCUUGUUUUGUUAGAGAAUUUAGGUUUUUUUGCUUUUAACGUCUCUUCUCACAUUGUUCUUGGGGACAGAGCCAGCCCAGGGCAGUGUUGCUGCACAUUGCGUGGGAUGAAGGGCUGAAAGCUGCUUCCUCUUGCAAGCUGGCUUCUGAGAUUGCACCUUCUCCUCCUGCUCCUCUUCCAACUCUAUGACCCUCAAGGCAGAGCUGACCCGCCUAGGAACCAAGACAAUGCAGCAAGCAACACAGCUACAGGUGCCACCCAGUGGGCAGAGCUCCCACCAGCCCAUCCCUAAUCUUCAGGACAAAGCGGGGAUGCUGUGUCCACAGCUACAGAUGUCACCCAGUGGGCAGAGCUCCUACCAGCCCAUCCCCAAACUCCAAGACAAAGUGGGGACACCACGUCCACAGCCCCAGCACCAGCCACCUGCAUCCAAGGAGACCCUCCUGCAACAGCCUGACAAAGACAAGACGGUGGCUCGCCAUAUCCCACGCCUCCGGGCUGUGGUCGAGAGCCAGGCCUUCAAGAAUGUCCUGGUGGACGAGAUGGACAUGAUGCUUUCCCGCGCAGCCACCCUCAUCCAGGCCAACUGGAGGGGCUACCGGCUCCGACAGAAGCUGAUCUCUCAGUUGAUGGCGGCCAAGGCCAUCCAGGAGGCCUGGCGACGCUUCAACACCAGGCGCCUCCUCCGGUCUGGCAAGACGGUGGAGAAAAGAGUGAAAAUGGAGGAGAGGGACAUUCCUUACCACCCACCCCAGCAGGUGCGGUUCCAGCAUCCGGAAGAGGGCAAAUCCCUUCUGGCCCCGCCCAUCAUGCUGAGCAAGGAGACUCAGUUCCCAUCCUCUGACAGCUUGGCCACUUACAGCAAACAGCUGGCCCUGCUACAGUCCCAGGGCAUGUCACAGCCUGGCGUGCAGGCUACAUGUGCUGUUGGAGGCCCCAGUGUCACCUUCCUGCCUCACCAAGCUGUCGCCAUCAAACUUCCAUGUCCAGUGAGUCUAGAGGCAAAGUGCCACCCAUGCCUGCUGACAGGAACUGUCAGAAGUUCCUGCGUUGUCCGUGUAGAAGGUGACACAACGAAGACCAAGCCAGUAACUGCCAGAGCCAACAAGGCAGAAGCCACAGGGCCACCACCGUCCGGAAGAUAUGCCCAGGCAGUACAUGGACAGCUCAAGACCCAGACUCAGGCCCACAUGGAAGCAGAGGUCUUCAAAGCCCCACCCCAGACAGGCCCAACAUCUGUGAUAACCAAGACCCCACCCCAGCCAGUGCCCACCAUGACAGUCACCAAGACCCCGCUUCAGAUGUACCCAGCAGCCAGGAUAACCAAGACCCCACUCCAGCCUUGCCCAGUGCCCAUGGUAACAAUAACCAAGACCCCACUCCAGCCGUGCCCAGCACCUGCAAUAACAAUAACCAAGACCCCACCGCAGCCGUGCCCAGUAACCCCAAUGACCAAGACCCCAGUCCAGAUGCGGCCAACAGCCUCAGUGACUAACACUUCACCUCAGACACGCCCGGCAGCCGUGAUGACCAAGAUCCCACCCCAGUUAUGCCUGUUGGCCUCAAUGAUCAAGUCCCCACCCCAGACACGCCCCACAGCCACCAUGACCAAGACCCCGCCCCAGACAUGCACGGUGCCGAUGAUGGCCAAGACCCCACCCCAGAUGCGCCCGGCAGCUACGAUGACCAAGACCCCAUUGCAGACAUGUCAGGCAGCCACGAUGGCCAAGACCCCAUCUCAUCAGAUGCUCCAAGGAGGCUCGGUGACCAAGGCUCCUCCCCAGACACGCCUGGCAGCCAUGAUAACUAAGACCCCGGCACAGUUACGCUCAGUAGCCACCAUCCUCAGGACCCUGUGCCUGCCCCCUCCAGCAGCAGCUGAAAAUCCGAAACCUUCACUUUCAGCAGCGGCAGCAGCCGGAAUUCCUGACACCUCAUCCCACACCUGUCUAAGUGGGCCAAAGACCAAGGCUGUGGGGAACACCAGGCAGGCAGCAGGGGUGGUCAAAGUCUCGUCCCGCUCAUAUUUGACUGAGGGAAAGGUGAAAUAUUUCUCCCCGUCACAUCUGGGGGCUGGGGCUCCCAAGGUUCCAGCCAAGCCUCCUUUGGAAGGUGAGAAAAUCAAGGCCUUCUCCCAGAAACAAGUGAAAAUGGAAACCGUGUCUGAUACCAGCGUCGCCAUGGAAAUACCUGGGGCUUUGUCCUGGGCAAAAGUGGCUGAGGACAGGAACAAGCAGGCCCACCUGAGGGCAGAUAUCAUGAAGAUUCAAUCCCGGGUGUAUGCGCCUGUAGAAACAGCUGUGGUGCCCCAGGCACAGCUGGACACAUGUCCUGCCAGAGUUUCGCCUCCGGCACAGCCAGGCCCAUGUUCAACCACCAUCUCAUCCCAGAGACAUCUGCUCGCUGAGCUGACCAGGGCUCUGCCCCAGGCCCACUUGGGCACGUGUCUGUCCAAGCCCCUGUCCCAGGCAUAUCUGUCUACCAAGCUGACCAAAGCCCCGUCCCAGGGGUAUCCACCAUCACCUGCUGAGCUGACUGCAGCCCCAGCCCAGCCACAUCUAGUCACGUGUCUGUCCAAGGUGCAGUCCCAGGCCCAUCUGCCCGCCAAGCUGACCAAAGCUCAGUCCCAGGCACAUCUGGUCACAGGAGCGAUAAAGAUCCAGUCCCAAGCCCAUCUGCCCGCAGGGCUGACUAAGGCGCAGUCCCAGGCCCAGCUGGUCACAGAAACAGCCAAGUGCCUCCAUGCAGCCCACCAGGCUGCCGAGCUCAGCAGCAAGACCCAGUCCCAGCCACUCCUGAUUGGGUUCAAAGCUUCCACCCAGCCCUGCCAGCACAUCAGUGCCCUGGGCACUCUGCCCCGAGCCAAGCCAGAGGACAGACUGACCCAGCUCCCGUCCCAUAGCCAUGUGCAGGCCAAGGCCACCCAGGGCCCAUGCCAGGGGGUCUCUGAGACCCAGAACGUGCUGGUGCCUCUGCUGGCAUCUGCUGGGCACACCACGUGCAAUGUCGAAUCCUGGGGGGACAGCGGAGCCACCCGCGCCCAGCCGUCAAUGACCAGCUCGGCCCCGCCCUGCCAGGAGGAGCUGGCAGCCUCCCAGCUGGCCUCCCUAUGUGCUGAGCUAGCCGCCGUGCUGGGCUCCCAGGAGGACCUCCGUGCCCUGCUGGCGAAAGCCCUCUCCCAAGGGGAAGUGAGGGCGGCCCUGAACCAGGCCCUGUCCAAAGAAGUCUUGGGAGCCACAAUGGCCAAGGCCCUGCCCCAGGGCAUCCUGGGCACGGCACUGGUGAAGGCGCUGUCCUGGGGCGAGCUGGGCACCACCCUGUCCCGCGCCUUGUCCCAGGGUGAGCUGCGGGCGGAACUCACUAAGGCCAUUCAGGGCCGACUGGCGGAUGUGCUCAGCAAGGCCCUGACGGAGGAGGAGAGGGCCACCUUCAACCAGGCCCUGUGUCAGGGGGAGCUGGGCGCCGUUCUGAGCCAGUCUUUGUCUCAGGCGGCCUUGAGGUCUGGGGUUGUCCUUCCCAAGGCUGCCUCGAAAACAGCGGGAAGCAGGAUGACGGUGAUGCCAACCCCAGUGGAGGUGGACUACAGGGGGAGCCCAUCGGCCGCAUGGGGGCCCACCCUGGGCUCCAUGAGACUACAGCCUGGCAAGGGCCCUAAGGACGCUGGCGUAUCUGGUGGCCAAGCGUGGAACUCCGUCGUCCCCAGUGUAGCGGUUGGGCGCAGGAACAGCACCGUGGCCCCUUGUGGUGUGUGGGAGCCACCCAGGGACGCUGUGCCAUGGGAUGCCAUGGGCAGCAAAGUGGCAGUGGAUCCCAGACAGCCAGGGGAGCUGGUGGCGUCAGUGCAGGCUGUGGAGAAGAUAAUCAUCAAUGCCGUGGUCAUCAUCCAGGCAUGUACACGAGGCUACCUGGUGCGCCGUACCAUCAAGAUUUGGCACCAGUGGGCCAUCAUCAUCCAGGCUGCCUGGCGUGGCUACUGUGUGCGGCGGGACCUGGCCCGGCUCUGCAGGGCUGUCACAAUAAUCCAGGCUGCAUGGCGAGGCUUCUGUACCCGCCGGAGUCAUGCUCAGCAAAUGCUGCUCCCAAGCGUGUGGGCAGAGGUGGGCGCCAGGGCCAGGUCUACAUCUGACCACCGCUGCUUCCAGUCCUGCCAGCCACAUGACUGUACCCUCUGCCGGUCACUGAGCUCCGGGCUGGGGAGCCCACCCAGUGUGGUGAUGCUUGUGGGAUCCAGCCCCCGCACGUGCCACAUGUGUGGCCAUACUCUGCCCACGAGAGUGGUGCACGGCGUGGGCCGGGGUGCUGCGGUCCAGGCUGUCAUGCCUCGGAGCUGCAUUACCCAGUCAACACCUCGGAGUCCCCGCCAACCCCAUCCCCCGAACAAGGCAGCCACGGCCAUCCAGUCUGCCUGGAGGGGCUUCACUGUACGCCGCCGGCUGAAGCAGCAGCAGCUAGCAGCCAAGACCCUUCAAGCCACCUGGCGCGGCCACUCCACCCGGGCCUCCCUCACCACGGAUGCGCUUUUGGGAUCGGCGAUGUGGGACAACUCGCGGCACACGCAGUGGCCUGGCGUCUAGGACCUUGGCUUCCUAGUCGGGGGACACCAGGGGAGGGGCCGUGUGGCUCUCUGUGUCUAAUGAAUAAAGCCCUCCACAGCCUG